AAGUUCCUGUUAUGCGCUGUUAUACAGUAUAUGCCUUGAGCUCUUAUUUUGAAGGCGCUAAGAGCGGAAGUGAUGACACUUUUGAGUGGAGCGGAAGUUUUUGAAAGAAGGUAAAUAAAGUGGUCCUCGUGUACCCUGGAGCCUCCGUGUUUGUUAUUUUGUAGUUUCAUACAGUAUAGGUGACAUUUAUAAACCCUCGGUUACACUUUUUUAAAUAGAUUCAAUCUUGCACGUGGAAAGUUUAAGUGAGGGCUUUAGUUGAUAUAACACGCUCGUCAGGGGGUGCAUUAAUCCAGCACAACAGCGGCUCGUGGACUUAUUUUAUAAGUAAAGUAUCAAAGCUGGCGGAUUCCAAUGAUCAAAUGAAAUUUUGAAGACGUUUGCAGCAGCUUGAAGUCAACAUUUUGUUCCAGGAAGUGAAAAACCCGGAAGUUAUCGUUGAAUGAACAAAGACAUUUGGAGGAAAAAAAAUGACUGCUGGAGUUUUGCCAGCGUCUCUUCUUCUACUUCUCUUGUUUCUGUUGGGGUCAUGUGACGCAUGUCUGCCAAAUGCCGACUCAGCGUACGCGUCCACCGGCGCCGUGUGUCGCCUCACGUACCCUGCAGCCGUCGUCUUGAACGAGAAAACCACCAAAGUGAUCGAGGCGGCGUUCCAGCAUGCCAGAUAUCCUGGCGUGAAGGCCGAGAAGUCGGUGCCCUUUUUGGGCGUGGUCUCAUACGGCCUGGACAAUUUGGAGAUUCACAACCUGACGAUCGGUCAAAGCUCCUUUGAUCUUCGUGCAGGUGAAGGCAUCGCCAUGGAGAUAAGCAAUGUUUCUGCCGUCUUCACCGGGACCAUUCAUUAUGGAUACGGCAGCUGGGUUGUCAACGUUAAUCAAUCAAUCAACUUUGAGAUCGAGUCUCAGAUUGACCUUGGAAUCAACCCGAAACUUUACUGUGGAAAAGGCAAAGUAGCAGCAGACACUUCAUCUUGUUACUUGAACUUUGACAAACUACAUUUGCACCUGCAGGGAGACAGAGAACCCAACUUGCUCAAGAGGCUCUUCACAGACUUCAUCCUGUUCACUGUCAAACUAGUAGUCAAGGGGCAGAUUUGUAAAGAGAUCAACAAAGUGGCAAAUAUAUUGGCAGAUUUCAUACAAGAAAGAGCAGAGAAGUUCCUCAGUGACGGAGACAUCGGUGUAGACAUCGGUGUGACUGCUGCUCCGGUCAUCACUGCCAAAUACAUAGAAUCGUACCACAAGGGGAUUAUGAAUUAUAAAAACACGUCUUCAGUCAUCGAGGAGUCAGCUUUCAACCCAAGUCAGCUGAGUGAUAACAGGAUGCUCUACUUUUGGAUCUCAGACCAGGUCUUAAGUCCGAUGAUGACAGCUGCCCACCAAGAUGGUCGCUUCGAGCUCCACAUCACUGGAAAAGACUUGAUGGAGGAUUUCAAGACAAAUUUCUCCACAACCAUGCCUGAUUUUAUCAGAAAGUGCCUUUUAGAAACGGGUCAUCCAGAUCUCCAUGUGUGGAGUUCUUCUGUUCCCGACAUUAACACGUCCUCCUUUGGCACAACUGUCAGGGCAGAGGCCUCUGGUCGCCUGCAGUGUGACGGUCAAGAUACACUCCUCUUCCAAACUCUCAUCACCACAAAUGUCACUGCUUCAUACGCCAAAAAACAAGUCUUACUGCACAGCACACCUUCAGAGGUUGUUAUUCUACAUGCUGAGCUCUACCAAAACCCUCUGGUAGAUCAAGCACAACUGGAGUUCAUAGAAGAAGCUUUGAGGAGGAUAGGUAUCCCCAAGGUGCUGACUGUGCUUGAAAAGGAAAUAACCAGGCUGUUGGACAAACAGGGAGCAUACUUAUUCGACAUCAAUGACCCAGAAGUGCUUCCUCGGGAUGGCUUUGUGGUUAUUCAGAUGGACUUUGGUUUCCCUCAUCACCUCCUGGUGGACUUCCUGAAGAAGAUGCUACAAUAACCAACAAACAAGCAAACUUGAUGGUGACACUUUAUUUGUUUCAAACAAAAGUUACGUUAAAGUACCACAUCACAUGAUGACACAAUGCAACAUGUUUGAAAAGGAGUCGGAAGAAGCAGACCUUAUUUCAUCCCACCCCUUCUAUAUAUAUAUAAAUACACCUGUCAAUACCUACUCCGGGGUUGGGCAGUUAUAUUUCCUUCUGAUAGAUUAAAAUGUAAGGGUUUUGUCAAGGGCUCAGUGCGGUCCCUUUCUUGCGGCAGGUUUUAUAUAUAUAUAUAUAUACAGUAUAUA